GUCGAAGCUAUGGCGCUAAUACUACAGUAUUUAAAUGAUAUGCGUUUUAUGGACAAAUAUGGAGAUCCUCGAACUAAUCCAUGGUUCCUGAUGAGUUCCCCAUUACCUACAUUAUUAAUAUGUUUAAGCUACGUUUAUCUAGUCAAGGUUGUAGGGCCAAGAUUUAUGGAGAAUAGAAAACCUUAUGAACAAAAUCUAUUAAUAGUUUACAACUUUAUACAAGUACUUUUCAGUGCAUGGCUGUUCUAUGAGAGUUUGAUGGGGGGCUGGUUGAAGCAUUACAGCUUAAAAUGCCAACCCGUGGACUACACAGAUAAUCCUGUAGCAUUAAGAAUGGUUAAUGUUUGUUGGUGGUACUACUUCUCCAAAUUCACAGAGUUCUUUGAUACGGUGUUCUUUGUGCUAAGAAAGAAAUUCGACCAUGUGUCAACGUUGCACGUGAUCCACCACGGGGUGAUGCCGAUGUCGGUGUGGUUCGGCGUCAAGUUCACGCCGGGCGGUCACUCCACGUUCUUCGGUCUGCUCAACACGUUCGUGCACAUUAUCAUGUACACGUACUACAUGUUAGCCGCUAUGGGACCACAAAUGAGGAAAUUCCUGUGGUGGAAGAAAUACCUAACUUCACUGCAAAUGGUGCAGUUCGUAGGCAUCAUGGUGCACGCAUUCCAACUGCUGUUCAUCGAAUGCGACUACCCGCGCGCAUUCGUCUGGUGGAUCGGCAUGCACGCAGUCAUGUUCUUCUUCCUCUUCAAAGACUUCUACAACAACUCUUACUCUAAACCCAGGGUGCGAGCCAAAUCUCCGCAGCCCGAGACGACGGAGAUCAAAGAGAUGACGUACAAGAACGGGUCGUUGAAGAACGGGUUCAGCAACGGGCACGCGGCGCACGCGCACGCGCACGCGCACGCGGCCGGCCACGGCGUGGCGCGCGCGCGCACGGUGCUGGCGGCCGGCAACUGACGCCGCGCCGCCGCGCCCUCGCACGCAGUUAGCAUUCCCUACUACUCUGUGAUUCAUAGCCGCCGCGCCGACGGACCGCUCGUGGGGUGCUGGCCCUAGACUCCUAGUGUUACAAGUGAUUCAUCUAGUGUACAUAUAUAGGCGGUGUCGACGGUGUACAUUUUAUUUUAUCCAUGUUGAGAUAUGGCUAGAUAUGUGAUCGCAUAGCGUUUUAUACUUUAUCCAGUUGUGGCGAUGUCGCUUUUAGACUUAGUGUUAGGUGUCUGGAAUGAUGCAGUCACAAUUAAAGACGCGGUUCUUUUUUUACGAGAGGUGCUAUUAUAUUUUGUUAUAUUUGCAAUGUUCAUGUAAAAUAAACGUAUUUUGAAAUAAAUAGGAAAUCCUGAUUAACAAAUGUAAUCCAUGACCCAACAGUAUUUCAAAUGUAAAUGUCAAUUAAUUUGUAAAUGAAAUGUUACAGCAUACAUUUGUAUGUUUAGUGAAAGUAUACAAAGCAGUUGUUACUCGCAGCUGCCCGAACUGUUGCUCUAACAGUUACACUGAAGAGAUGGCACCUUUCUUGUAAACCUCACAUGACUGGUAAUCUUCUCUUAUUAAGUACAAUUACAGUGUUUUAACUUUAAUCUAACAUUCUUUGUAGAUUUAGUUUAUUAUGACACUAAAGUGGUUGUGUUGGUUAUUUAUUUUGUUUAAUUUAUCUUUUAUUUAUACCAAAAUUAUGUAUAUAAGAUCAAAUCGAUAACGGGUUUUAUAUAGCAGUAGCUUUCAAAGUUCUUCCUUGUUUUUAGUCUUCCGUUUUGUUUUGUGUACUUAGCAAAAUUAUAAGGUGCUUAUUGUAAUCGGAUCAUUUAACUGCUUUCGUUAGCAGCCGGUCAUAUAUUAAUGCUCGCCAUUUUGUAAAUAUUAUAAUGUUUGUUUCAUUAAUCAAACGAAAAUCAGUUUAUGUACCAAUUGUAAUUUUUAUACAAAAAUAUGCAAAUAAAUUAUAAGUAAAAUAA